CUGAUAGGUGGGUCUGGGGUGAUCACGCUGGUGGACAGCAGUGACUGGCCUGUAUCCCACAGCAUCUGGAUAAAUCCGGUGGAAACCGCAAGAGGGGGUGCUGGUGGCCGCACGCCCCCUAUGGGGAUAGGGCUGCAACAGCGACCAAGGAAACCAGUUAAUGGGCCGUGACCAUCAGGAGCUGGCCUAUCAAAGAUGACAGAGACACUGGCCUUUCCACCUGCCCUACAACCCUCCUCCCCUGCUGCCGGGCUAAACAGAAGGAUAGAUGGACUACUUACUUAGCCAGCAAGUGAGACAGGAAAUCCACUCUCUGACAUGUGAACUAGGAGGCUAACUUGAGCCUUCUACAUCAUAACUGAAUAUGCCAGGGGCAAUCGACCCAGAGACUAUGCCAUGGUGACCCCAAAGCAACUAGUCAGCACCAUCCAAGUCCAACUGUUUUUGUCCUGACCACAGGAUCUACUCCCAGGGGAACACAGUAUACCAUGGCCUGGGACUGGCAGGUAAGUUUCUGGUGGUGUGGGUUUGCUGCUUUGUGGGGAAUAGGAUUAGAAAGGGUCUUACAGACUUCACCUGUCCUCCACUCAGCCCCACCUGAGACCACUACUGAGGUCACUAAUCCAGGCCUCCACUGGAGGAAGUCACCCUUCUAUGACCCCUAGGGUCUGUUGGAACCCCCGCUCCAGGUUUCGGCGCCAGCUGUGGGGGCUGCAGGCUGGGACGCCGACCGCAGGCUGGGGUGGUGUGAGCGCGGAAUGCCGUCGCUGCUUGUGUGUGGCUUCGUGGCCGUGGUCUCCUCUGCACUGUGCCUGGUGAGCAUCUUACAUUUCUUCCCUAGCCUGAGCAGAGGGAAUCUGGGGACCAGGUGACAGGGGUGGCCUCACCAUUUUAUGUGCUUGUUUAAGGCUGCGCCGUCUUCAUUGUUGGCGCGGGUUUUCUCUCGUGGAGAGUGGGGGCGACUCCAGCUGCAGAGCCCGGGCUCCCCACUGCAGUGGCUUCGCUUGUGGAGCUCGGGCUCGAGGCGCACGGGCUGCAGCGGUGGCAGCACAGGGGCUAGUUGUGACUCUCAGGCUCUGGAAUGUGCAGGCUUUGGUGGUUAUGGUGCAGGGCUUAGUUGCUCCAAGACGUGUGGGAUCUUCUUAGACCAGGGACCAAACUCGUGUCCCCUGCAUUGGCUGGUGGACUUCCCACCAUUGAGCCACCAGGGAAGUCCUGGCGUCACCAUUGGCGAGUCUGACUGCAGGGUCUCCCUCUGCACUUCCGUGAAAACUUCACCCAAAGUUGGCCCACCUCUUGGGAAUGACUGUCGUUAGCAUUCUUUGUGUCUUACUCUUGAUUGUGUGUGCACUCAGUCGUGUCCGACUCUUUGCGACCCCCUGGACUGUGGCCUGCCAGGCUCCUCUGUCCAUGGGAUUUCCCAGGCAAGAAUACUGGAGGGGGUAGCCACUUCCUACUCCAGGGGAUCUUCCCGACCCAGGGGUCGAACCGGUGUCUCUUGUGUCUUCUGUGUUGGCAGGCGGAUUCUUUACCACUGCACCACCUGGGAACACUUGGUAUUCUUCUAGCUACUGUUAUCAUGGGGUUACAAAAGAAUCGAAAACAACUUAGGGACUAAACAGCAAAAACAACAAUCUGUAAUUAUAUUUGUGAUAUCUGGUUGCAGUGCACCUCUGCAUACCUGACCCCAGGGAUAUCUCAGAAGAGGGGCAGGGCCAGGAUUAUAAGAGUCAUGCAAGAUGUGUGGGUGUAUGGCCAGGCCACUGAAGAUGGCUGUUCACUUGCCGUCUGUGCAUCUCCUGCUCCACCAGGCCCUACUUCACGCACAGGACUGUCCAAUCCUGUUAAUCAUAGCCCUUUAUCUGUGACUGUCCACACGCCUGCCCCUGCCCCCAGCUGGUUUCCCUGGUAACUGAUGAGCCCAUCUGAAGUCAAUGCUCUCUAUAACUGGUAGCCGCCUCCUCCUCCAGAGUAGCAGACGGCGCUGCUGUGUCCUGCCUGCCGGCUGCCGUCCACAGUGGGGUGUUGCUCCAGGAUGUGGCUUCAGAUAUAACGUCAGCUUCCUGGUGCAGGACCGAGUGCCGAGGAAGCCCUCGGGCAGCUCCCACCUCUCAAAAUCCAGCCUGCCACCACCCCACAGCCAGGCAUCCACAGAGCACAGGAAGCUGGAAUCUGACCCCUGGCGGCGGGCCUGGUCUCCAUGGCAGCCGUGGAUUUAUUACCGGGGCCUCCAUCCGGCCGGGCGGACUUUCGACUUGAAGCCGGGAAGAAGGGGAACAGGAAGGCAGUCCUGGGAGCAGCGAGCCCACGGGUGGCAGCUGGAGGCCCCGCGAUGGCCAAGUUUCUUUCCCAGGACCAAAUUAAUGAGUACAAGGAAUGCUUCUCCCUGUACGACAAGCAGCAGCGGGGGAAGAUUAAAGCCACGGACCUUCUGAUGGUGAUGCGGUGCCUGGGGGCCAGCCCAACGCCUGGGGAGGCGCAGCGGCACCUGCAGACUCACAGGAUAGACAGAAAUGGAGAGCUGGAUUUCUCUACUUUCCUGACCAUCAUGCAUAUGCAAAUAAAACAAGAGGACCCAAAGAAGGAAAUUCUUUUGGCCAUGUUGAUGGCGGACAAGGAGAAGAAAGGCUACAUCAUGGCGUCUGAACUGCAGUCAAAACUCAUGCAACUGGGGGAGAAGCUCACCCACAAAGAAGUAAAGAAACAUUUCAAAGAAACUGGCAGUGUCUGCCAGAGACUGAUGUCCUUUUCCUCUGGCUAUGGGAGACAGGAAAGGUGAUGCUGGAAUGGAGGAUCUCUUCAGGGAAGCAGGUAUUGAACCGAAUGGCAAAGUGAAGUAUGACGAGUUUAUCCAGAAGCUCACCAUUCCUGUGCGGGACUACUGAACGAGAAGGCGAGACAGCCACCCCUGGGCCUGAACACUCAGACUGAUGGGUUUUUGAAAAGCAAAGUGUUCCUUUCACUUGCGGGAGAUGGCAAGCACAGCAAGAUGACAAACCUAACUCCAGCAAGAGGACAAGGAACACAAUGAUUCCAGCUACGGUAUUAGCAUGUCUUUAAUAAAAUUUUUUACUGUUUUAACAACUA